UCUCCAAGCGUGUAUAUUUCUUCCUAUUUUUCAAUAUGUUUUGUUCCUUUUGCCGUCCAAUUUGAUGUGAAAUGAUUGAUUUCCUACGUGGGCUGUCUUUCGUUUCAACUUUUUGCCUCCCUGACAGCUCAAAUUAAAGUGAUCUCAUCAGAUAUCAUCUUUACCGCCCUGCAAAAAGCCUAUAGAAAAUUUAGCACCUUUUUAGCUUUCUAUCCAAACACUUCUUCCACUCUCUCUCUCUCUCUCUCUCUCUCUCUCUCUCUCUAUGUAUUUAUAUAUAUAUAACUCAAAGAAGUUCUUGUUAGUCUGAGAGAGAAUAUAUUUUGUGUUUAGUUUUGGUUCUGAGAUGAAUAACAGUACAAAUGUUGCUGUUAGCACUCCUAGUAUUACAACAACAAGGUUCAUCAAAUGUGUGACAGUUGGAGAUGGUGCUGUUGGGAAGACAAGCCUUCUCAUCUCCUACACUACCAACACUUUCCCAACUGAUUAUAUCCCAACUGUUUUUGAUAACUUCAGUGCCAAUGUUAUGGUUGAUGGGAAGACUGUGAAUCUGGGUCUCUGGGAUACUGCUGGUCAAGAAGAUUAUAACAGGCUGAGACCCCUAAGUUACAGAGGAGCUGAUGUUUUCCUUCUUUGCUUUUCUCUCAUAAGUAGGCCAAGCUUUGAGAACAUAGCAAAGAAAUGGGUUCCGGAGCUGAGACAUUAUGCCCCAUCAGUGCCCAUUGUUCUUGUGGGGACCAAGCUGGAUCUAAGAGAAGAUGAACAGUUUCACUUAAACUAUCCUGGGGCAUGUACCAUUUCUACAAAACAGGGUGAAGAACUAAAAAAGCAAAUUGGAGCAGUAGUGUAUAUAGAGUGCAGCUCAAAGACACAGCUGAGCUUGUCUUUCUUCAGCGGCCUUGGUUCAGCCACCAUCAAAUUAUCAAUGCUAGAUCCUCUUCCUGCUACGAUGCGAAUAACAAGUACAAGCAAGGAAAGAAAAUAAGAACUAAUUUCUAAACAACAGAGUUCCUUUGAUCAAGAUCAAGCGCGACACUGACAAACUGAGUAGUAGGGGAAUAAGUUGAAGAGGAAAUGGUGGGAAUGCUGCUUGACGAAAAUCGAGCUGCGGCCCAAUGUGCCAUUUAAGGUGGCCCCUCUCUCGGCUUGUGAGCCAAGAAUUUAAUGGAUGGGCCAAAUGGGCCAAUCAUUUGGCCCAUUCUCAAUAAAUUCUAAGUUUUUUAACAUUAUAUUAGUUAUACUUGAGUCUUUAUUUGGUGCCCCCACCCAUUUUUCAUUUUUUUCUUUUUCCAU